UCCCAUUCGUUCCUAUUUUUAUAUAUCUAAUACUCAUAUCGGUCCACCGCUCUUUCGUCCCUUUCAAACAUCUACACUUUCCAACAAGCAAUAUGCCAGUUUCUCACAUCGGCCUCACGGUUUCCCAUCUUCCAACUUCGUGUUCAUUUUUCCUCUCUGCACUUCAGCCACUUGGGUACCGCUUCAUUGGACAGCAAGGAAAUCAAAUUGGUCUCGGAAUCCGCGAUGCAGACUUCUUCUUGUGCCAAGAAUCGCCUGGGUAAGUCUUGCCGGACAUGAUGAAUCGUACAGUCACUGACUCGGAGUACAGUGUAAAAGCCGGAGCUGCACACAUUGCAUUCACUGCGCACAGCCGGACGGCUGUACGCGACUUCUAUACCGCUGCCCUGACCGCUGGCGGUCGACCAAAUGGAGCCCCAGCAAACCGAACCGGCGAAGAGGAACACUUCAAUGCUGCCAUUCUUGACUUCGACGGUAACAGUAUCGAGGUUGUGUAUAGGAAUGGACCAGAUAUCAGAGACGACGGCACGGUCAUGCAGCAUAGUCGGGUCAUAACAUGGCGGAGGACUGUGACUGAGAGUAUACGUGACGAUAGAAGUGUCGUCAGCUCUCGAACCUCCAAGCCAGCAUCGGUCGUUGCUCCUCCUGCUUCGGUGGCACCCUCUCAGGACCCAUUCGCAGCUUCUGGUGUCUCCAAAGCUGCAAGCCUGGUUCGGAGUCUGUCUGAGCCUUGUGCUGUUCCUCAGGCCCCCGCCGCGAGUGCAGCACCUGCACCAACCGUCACCGCCCCUGCGUCAAAUGGCGAUAGUGCCGCGAAGACCAUCAUCGGAACUCUCCUUGGAGCCGCUGCCGGUGCAGCCAUCACCUAUGCCAUGUGCAAGAGUGAGCGAGAUAGUGCUAA